ACAAUUGUGAUUGUGUAACACUUUGAGGGAAUACCGGUUUGCACAAGUUGUGCAUGUUUGUGCUUGGAGAAGACUUUUGGGGUGAUCUGCAAUUCUGAAUGAAGCAUCUGAUGAAUAUUGGAGGGGGGUUGAGCAGUGGUUGUCUGAUGAGAGUUAACUUGCCAGUGUGGUUGGAUUGGGACUAUUUAGAAGCUGCUAGAGAAGGAUUAUACAAGUGGAAUUCAAGCCCAUUUCACCCAGAUGACGAGAACUUUGCCAUCUUGAAAUGACUUGAGUAGCGAAUAGCAGCAUUUCAAGAUGGUUUUAGAUCAGGAAAGUAACUCAACUGGAUAUGAUGUUAGUUCUGAGGUGAACAGUGAGGGGUCAUCGAUAGACAGUGGCCAUGGAUCAAGGGACUCUGGGGCUAGUGCUAGCCCUGCGGCUAUCUCUCAAGCACCGGGAAUGAAGGAAGGACCGGUCAUGUACCAGUUUGAAUUCCCUUCAAAGCUCUGUGGUAGACUCAUCGGAAAAUCGGGAAAGAACAUUCGUGAGCUGAAGGAUAAGACCGGAGCCAAGGUCAUUCUAAAGAAUGUCCCAUACAGCACCACCCAUCAGAUCUGUGUUGUAGAAGGCUUGAGAGGGGAGGUAGAUGGAGCGCUUGCGUAUAUCAAGAAGAAGUUUCCCAGCGUGGACCUCAGCAGACGGGCCAAUACACAGCAACAGAAGAAGAACAAGACACCAGAUAUGACACAGCUACACUUACCAGAGGAGACACCCAACAACAUCCUAAUCUCCAGUGUGGUUUCUGGAGGCCAUAUUUUUAUUCAGCAGCCAAUGCAUCAGACAUAUCAAGGUCUGAACGUUCAGGAUAAUCUGAUGACACAGAUCUACCAGCAAGCCGACAUGACUCCACAGCUCCCAAGACCCAUUGAGAAUGGUGUAAUCUGUGCUGCACCAGUAAUGGAUGGCUGGUAUCGAGCCCAGGUGGUUGAAGUCGGCAAUGAGACCGACGAGGUUGAUGUGCGGUUCCUGGACUAUGGAGGCUACGCCAGGGUGGAGGCCUACGCCCUGAGACAGAUCAGAUCAGACUUCCUGAGUCUUCCCUUCCAGGCCACAGAAUGCUACAUGAGUAACAUUGCACCUCUUCCAGGUGAAGCUGAAUUCAGCGAAUCAUGCAGAAUCUUCAUUGAACAGCUAGCUCAGAGUAUUGGUAUGAUGCAAGCAACCAUUACUGGAUACUCGGUCGAUGGAAUCCCAUUCAUUGAAAUCUUCUUCAUCGACAGCUACGGCAAGUCGCAGUCGCUGAACAAGCAACUAGUAAACCAAGGUCUUGUAUCCUGGUACGAAGGCACGGAGGCAGCAGAACCCUGCCCGGAUGCAGCCUCGGUAACAAACGGAGCCCUCUAUAGCUCGGAGACAUUAGUCAGACCAAGCUAGGAUCAGAGGGGUGGUAUGGCAAAUGACAUUUUGAAUGCUAAACGCAAGGAUACGUGACACGAGGAUGAGAGGGAUGCGCGAUUAUUAUUUUCUCCCCUCUUGUAGAAUUCUUUGAUUUUUGAGUUGCGAGGGAAUGAAUGGCUUGUAAAUGCAGGAGGAAGGUGGAUAAUAGCAGAUAAGUUGAUAGUGUGAGGAUAGAUGGCUUUCCAUUUAAACACCAGUGAAGACAUUGUCUUUUGAUGAAACGAUUUGGAUGCUAUUCGUCUUGAGGUCUUUUAACCCCUCUGACAUCGUUGGUCUAAGUUUGAAUAUGUGCUAGCUACUGCAGAAGACCCUGUUCAUCCUAAACAGUAAUGUAUCCCGUCAACUCAAAUUAACUUUCUCAGAUGUACGGAAUUGAAUGGGAAAAAAUAAGGGGAGGGAUUGGAAAGGAUAGGAUAGGAGAAAGAUAGUGAAGUUGUGUUUUGGAUUAUUUUGGGGGAUGGAUGUAAUACCCAGUUCAGAUAUAUGGCAACCAAAAUCUGCAGUAGGGCAAUUCCAUAAAAUAUGUAUGUCCGACCCCCUCUAUGUGGGACCCUUCAUGAAAUUUUCUGUCUCUGAUUUCUUGUUCUUUUGACAGUCUGUAAUGUUCUCAAAGGACCAUGACUUGGUCAGUUUAUAAAGUGAAGUAGGACUUGAGAAAAUGGGGGUCGGACAUACAAAAAAGUGGAUCCUUUUAUGAAAUUGCCCAGCAGUUAUCUGUGUGUCAUCAAGUGGAAAAAAAACCCAUUGCAUUUCUGUGUUUCAAUAACACACUUCUCAAGGUGCAGAUCCACUAUUCAUUUAUUGCUUAUAGGGCAUCUAAACUUCAUAUGUUGGUGAAUUAAAAUGUUAAGACAAUAUUUUCAAUUCCUGUUCAUUUACGCAAAUGAAAAUAUGGUUGUUGUGAUCCGCUUUAGUAUGUCAUUCUGAAUGACCCCUCAUAUGAAGGUACAAAUGGAUGGCAUUACAUGAUUUGAGAACUAGGUUGGAACUAACUCUUGAUCACAAGUUUUUGUGUGGGCCAUUGUUUCAACACAGAAUGUGAAUGACAUUUCAUUAUAACUGUUUGUUGUUGGUAUCGUUAUCUUCCAAAGAUAAUCUUAAUAUCACUGCCGGCUUCUUUACCAAAAAAACAGAUAUACUCUAUGUAUACUUCAAGUGCCAUUGAACGCAUAGUUCAUAUCAUCUCUUCUCGAGGCAAGGGUUAUGAAACAUCUCUCGUAUUUCUCAAGAAGACAAUCUAUAAUUAAGGAGCGUUGAAUAGCUGGAGUCCUGAAAAGCUCAUUCAAAGUGGUGGCCUGAUUCCGGGGAUUCACAGAAGGAAUUAUGGCAUGUGAGAACAUGUGAAUAACAAAAAAAUAAUUGAUUUUCUGCUUGGCUUUUUGACUAGAAUGCAUCAAAUCACUUCAAAUUUGUGGAAAAUGUGAGAAUUUUCCAUUUUCAAAUCUAUAUGUUAACACUCUUUGUAUUGCUUGUGGCAAUCAAAAAUUGAAAAAUAAAGUUAGAAUAUUGUCUUUCUCUUCAAACAAAUAAGUAUAGUGCCAAAACAUACCUAGUGAACUAAUUUCAAUCAUAUUUCAGGAAACAGUACAACUUUUCUAUUUGCAUACUCUCCAAACAGGGAAGCAUCUAUUGCUGUAUCAUUGUGAAAAAUUAUUAUCAUUACAAAGGCAUCACAAAGGCAUCAAAGGCAUUCACCCAUCUACAAGGAAGACCAGCUUAGCACAUGGCCAAUAUUUUUUGUUUGGGCAGUUUUGAAUAUGGCUCAAAGCAAAUGAGUUUGAUGCAACUCCAUCUGUUCAAAGCUCCUAGUUGUGAUAUAUCAAUGUACUGUCACCAAAUAAUGUGCAGGUCAAGUUUAACUAUUGCAUGAUAUUUUAACAGUUAUCUAGUGCUUCAUACAGUGUUUCUGAGCACUUACAAAAUACAAAGAGCUUUCAGCAUGAAAGUGGUGGCAUGGGAAAAUUUAUGCAAUACCUUUAUUUGUCUGCACUGCUCUUUAUUUGAUCAGUUGGCGAUAAUCAUAGACUAUCUUUGGCUUUGGUAAAUCUCCCCGAAUGCAUAUAUCAGUAUUCCAAUUCAUUACUACGGUCGAUCAAUCUCCCUGCAGUUAUUCUCGAUCACUUUGCUAGGUUUCCUUUAGACUAUUCUCGUUCUAGAGCAAUCUUGAAUUGCACUCUUGAUGCAAGACUGCAAACCAGUAUUCACAUACAUUUAAACAGAUUUUAUUACUUUCUCACUUUAUAUUUUCUGAUGUGCUUUGCUUUUGUUUUUAUCUAGAUGAUAAUUCUGUUUUUACAGAAGUUUCUCUUUUUUAAUUUUUGUACAAUGGGUUUGCAUAUUGAAACAAAUCAAGUAGUUCCAGAUUCAUGUAUGUCUUGCAAAAGUGGUGAAUAGUUGGAAAGUAUUGAUUGGAAAAUUUAUAUCAUACAUUAUUUUGAAUUUCUGAAACUGUAGGAUUCAAUAUUCAAAAUAAAAAAAAAAGGAAAUGAAAAUACCAGAAAUGAAGAAAAAAAAAUGAAAAGGGGUGCUUUAUAAGAUGGCUGCUUUUAUUAUCAGGAUAACAACAUGCAACAAUAUAAAAAUUGAAUUUGGUAUGUUGAAUAAUUUCGGAAAGAGAUUUAUAUUUCAGUCUGGGAUGUACUGUAUAUUAUGUAGGUGUAACCCCUAGCAAUUUAAUUAUGCAUUGCAUUGUUGAUGAGACUGGCUUAGAAACGGAGAGGAGUGUGCAUUUAUUUACCAAAGCAGAAAAUGAAACCAUUGGGUUGCAGUGUGUAUGAUAUAUAUUACCGCUAAGUGUUUGUCAUGGAAUGAAAUAUGAUAGUCAAUGAGUGUUUUUGUUUGAUUUGAUUACGUUUAUCAACAGGCAUUUAUAAGUUUUGUUGAGAAUGAAUGGUUGGUACGAGGGCACAAUAUAUAUAUUUUUGAGGUUGAGAAAAUACUGGUAGUUGUAUCGUGUACAGAGGAGUUAUUGAAAGAGGUCAGAGAUAUAAGGAUUGACGUUGACAUUUCUUUUUCUUCAUCUACAGUGUAAAAUCUCUUUUUGUAGAAAAUAUGAAUUUAGAAUGUACAAUUGAAUUGACAUGAUUUUAUGACAAAAUAUGGCAAUCAGGAGAUGGAAUAUGGUUGAUAAUUUGCAUGUUUAUUAGAACUUAUCUUGUGGACGUAGAUGGAGAACUGUUUUAUAUUGGUUGAUUUGAUUUUGUGUGAUCUUUGUAGAGCCUUGUUUCAAGUAUUUAUCCUUAAUACUGGAAUAGCUUGGUUGUAUCAUCAAGAAGAAUGGGUGCUUAUUGCUUAAGUGAACUACAACAAAUCAUUUGUUUUAGCUUUUGUUUAUUUUGGGUAGUAGCUAACAGAUCUGUGCACUUAAGUGCAUUGUGACUGGGGGUUUGGAAAGAUCUUUUGAAAUGGAAUUACUGAAGAUACUGAAGCUUUGCGGCUUAGUGAACUUUGCAAGCUAUUUUGAUGUGUUUGCCAUUACUUAUUCCAGAUGUGAGGCGAGUCCAAGGUUGAUAUCACCAGACAGGCUUUUAAAGGAAAGGUGAAACUUCCUAAUACCGUAUUAAAAACUACAAGCUAAAUGUACGUGGCUGUUGUAUGUAUACACAUAACUUUCUUUAAAAGAGGAUUUUUUUCUUCAAGGUAAUAUUGAUGUAUGCUACAUGCAUGUACUUUGUGUACAACAAUAUUUAAAGUAACAUAAACAAGCUUCUAAUAUGGUUAUGUUCAUUACCCUAGCUUAUGACCUCUCUCCAUUUUUCAUUAUCAUGCCUAAUAUCUUGUUAUGAAUUUGUGUCAAUCAGUUAAACCCUUUUAAACACCAGUGCAGAAAUAGUGAACAUUACAGUGCGGCUGCCCUGGUGUUGCUUUUCCCCUUCUCCAAUGGCGUUCUCUGCUUGGAGCUAUGGUGCGACACUUUGGAAACUUUCUGAAAUGAAAUGUCUCUUAUAAAAUAUCAUGAUGAGCAUGAUGAGUGUGACAAGCCACUCACUGUAUAGUCCCCCUGCGGCCGCCAUGAGGGCGCCUUGUGGCCACAGUUAGGGUGACUUGCGGCCACCUUGCAUCUGCCACAUGAGGUAUUAAGCACCAUUAGAAGAUUAACAGGAUGAGGAUCAAGUAAUGGGCAUAUCAUUUAGUUACAAUAUGGUAGGAGAUGUGUUUGUAUUACUGGGGCUUAUUAGUUUUGUGAUGAAGGCCAUUUCUUAUGUUCCUGGGCCAUUUUCAAAGUAGCAAUUGCACAGUAACAACAAAAGAAUUUAGUGCACCAGGUGCGAUGAAUAAGUCAUCAA